UUCAGCGCAGCAGCAAGCUCGGCACUGCACCUCGAGAAGCUUCCCCCGGGCAGGUUGCAAAUCUUCAUGAUUCAGAGGCCCAACUUGAGCCCGGCAGCCGGCCGUCUGAAGUCAUUAGUCUCUCCGGCCGCUCCGUCUCUAUUCUCAGAUUCUUCAGUGCUCUAAUGAGUUGACGGCACAGCAACUUGGGUUGGUGGCGCUGGCCUGGACGCGGCAGCCAGACAAACUCGGCCCUGUAGUUAAUCGCUAACACCACGCGUUGCAUGAACCGGCGCCACUUCGUGAUCCUCCCCGCCUGCUCCUGGCUUGCUUUCCCAGCCGGGUUAGCUUUGCAUGGGUAUCGGCGCGUUGUUCCUCUGCAGACGACUCCACACGAGAAUACCUCCGUACACAGCCACUGCCACCCAAGAUGCUCUUCCCCACAGUCUCCCUCUCGGCGGCCAUCUUCGCUGGCCUGACCGUCGCACAAUUCCAGGGCCUGCCCACUUGUGCUCAAGGUUGCGCCUCCGAGUUCUUUUCCGGCGGCUCUUACGCCGGAUGCGGCACUGACCCCAAGUGCAUCUGCGCGAACCAGGACUUCAUCGGAAACGUCGCCUGCUGUCUGGUCGACGCCUGCAGCGAGGCCGACCAGGAAUCCGCCCUCACCUUUGCCAAGCAGAUCUGCAGUGCAAACGGCGUCGACGUCCCCGACCAGGUCAGCUGCUCCACCGCCUCGGCCGCAGGUGCCUCCGCCACCGGCACGCCCACCGGCUCCUCCAACAGCGGCUCCGCCACUGCCACCGGGGACUCGGCCAGCGCCACCGGGAGCUCCGCCAGUGCUACCAGCUCGGGCACCGCCGCCGCCCAGGCCUGGGCCCCCCGCCAGACUGCCGCCCUGGGACUCGAGCUGUUGGGCGGCCUGGCAGCCGCUGGGCUGGCGUUGCUGUAG